AAUCCCAACUUUAAAUGAGCCACGGAACAGUUGGAACCCUAAAAUUUGGGAAUGGGAUAGUUCAAGAUUCGUGGCUAAACCCUUGGAUAUGAUGGAGAUUUCUAAGGAACAGCAACAUCAACAACACCAUCAUCAAACUGCUGUUAAUCCUCCCAAUCCCGAUGGAUCAAAGAAGAGUCCAGUUGGUCAAAGGGAAGAAGACGAAUACCUCUUGUUGAAGCUUGGUGGUGGUGAGGAGGUAGCGACCAGGCCUAGCAAAAGGGUCCGAUCUGGUUCACCUGGCAGUGGUUGUGUCGGGAAUUAUCCAAUGUGUCAAGUUGAUAACUGCAAAAAAGAUCUAUCCACUGCUAAAGACUACCAUAGGCGUUACAAGGUUAGUGAGGUUCAUAGUAAAGCUGGAAAAGCCCUAGUUGGAAAACAGAUGCAAAGAUUUUGUCAACAAUGUAGCAGGUUCCACCCUCUUUCUGAGUUUGACAAGGGGAAGAGAAGUUGUAGGUGUAGACUUGCAGAUCACAACAGGCGAAGAAGAAAGACACAGCCAGAAGAUGUUGCUUCACAAUUAUUAAUCCCUGCAAAUGGUGAUAACGCCAAUGACAUGGAUAUUGUUCGUUUGCUAAUAGUUUUAGCUCGUGCUCAAGUGCAGGAUCUUGACAAGGUUGAAUUCUUAAAAGGUAUCAAGUAUGUUUAUGUAGAUGAUUCAAAGGAUGAUACUGCGAUUUUGACCUAA